AUGGACGUCGUCACACUCCAGGCACUCCCCGCUGGUAGUGACGUCGAAUUUGGGUGGAGGUUCAUUAUCCCCGAACUAGUCGAUUCGGGGAAACUUAAUAUCAGGGCUGUUGACACCGCAGUCAAGAGAGUGCUGAAGGAAAAAUUCGAGAUGGCACUUUCCAAGAAUCCGUGUACCGCUGCUCCUCAGUCUGAAUGGCAUAAGCUUGUCCAUACCAAAGAGGUGGUAGACCUCGCCAGAGAGCUAGACAGGGAGUCUAUUGUACUACUAGAGAAUCAUUACGGCAUUCUACCGUUAAAUAAGGACACCAGCAUCGACGUCAUCGGACUGAUGGCGCAUGGAUUUAUGAACGUGAGCUCUCCCUACCAAAAUCCUAUCGAGAUACAUGACUCUUCUCACGGUGACUACUCCGUUUAUGAAAGCCAACACCGUGGCGUCAUACCUUUGGACGGUAUCAAGGCAGUCGUGGGCGAUAAAGCUAAAGUCCACUAUGCAAAAAGCUGUGAAUGA